CGAAAAGGGACGUCCACCUCGCAUCGACCACGCAUAUAUAUAUAUAUAUAUAUAUCGAGGCAUAUAGUCGCGCGAAAAGAAGAGAGAAGGAACGGCCGGAAGUAGGAAACCCGUCGACGGCGGACGUGCGCUUUUAUUCCUUUCUCCUACUCCUAUCAUCGUUCUCUCCCUGUCUCUCUUUCUCUCUCUCUCUCUCUCUCUCUCCGCGCUGACUCGCUCGCGCGCUCUCCCUCUCUCUCUCUCUCUCUGAUCCCCUCGCGCGCGCCUUCUCUCCUCUGUCUCUUGCAUCGGUUUUCUCGUCGACGGCCGUCGGGCCGCGCCAAGCCAGACCGCGCCGAGAGCCGCGCCUCCUGGACUCGCGCGCCGCCAGAAACGGCCAUCGCCAACACCGGUGACAGUGUGAUGUUGUGUCGUUGCUCCAGUGCUGUGCCCGGUUCCCGUCCACGUCGCGAAUAUCCGUCGUGCCGUCGACAACGCCUGUGACUGUGACCGUGACUAUCGUACCGUUACUUCUGCCUUUGCCGCUGCCGCCGUCGCAAUGUGCCUCGUCGACGUGCCUGUCUCCGCCCGCGAGAUGCUAAUUAAAUGAUGGUGCUAAGGGAUCCCACGGGUAAGGAUGAGGGAAAGGACACCCUCUGCCGACGAUACCCCGAAAAGGGCUCCACCGGCACCAAGCAGAGAGGCGGCCGUAGCUGGUAGCGAGACACCAAACGACGACACGAUCGAGGUUUAUCGUACGGCUAAAUUACCCAACAUCUCUUCGGCAUCCGGCACGACGUCGUCCUCCGACAGAAUGGUGGCGUCGAUGCAGAACCUGGAGGAUCUGGCCGUCAGUCACCCUGCCAACGCGACAGGUAGCAACGGCGAUCGUCAGCAGCAACAGCAGGAGCGAUACGGUCACGCUUACAGAUCGUCGGCGCAGACCGCCCAGGACAAGCGAUCGCGGCUGAGCAAUGUCAUCAACAACUUGCGCAAAAAAGUGCCCGACGGAAUCGCUAAGGAAAACGCAGAAUCGCCCAGGAAAGAGGAGGACGACCGCAAUAGCGUCGAAAGAAAUCUGGAGACGCUUGAGAAAUAUGUGAUGACAGUGUUGAAUGGUGUGAUCAAGGAGGAUGAGGAGAAGAGCAAGGGAAAGAGCGCGGAAAAGACGAAAGAGCCGGAAAGACGAAGAAAAGACGCUGAAGAAGAGGAGAAUUCGACUGGUACGAUGGUCAAGUCUGAGCCUUCGAACGAAAGUGAUAUCGAAGCUGCCGUGGUACCAUGUUUGGAGGAUUCCUCCACGGUCGAAAAUGCCGAAUUUUCCAAGAUUACAGAUUGUUCGAAUACAAAGAGAGCAAUAGAAGAGAGUAUAGAAGUUUCGGAAGUCAAAAUCAGUCAGGAUUCAAAGGAAUUGUCUUUGAGAAUAGAGGAAGAAUAUUUAGACGUCGAAAAGAAAGAAUCAUCCGAAAGUGAUCGAGACAUUUCGAGAGAGAAGAAGGAAAAUCGAACGCUGGGCACAAUCAUAAUGGAUAGGUUAAGUGAGCACCAAGUUGAGGAAAGAGCAAAUGUCGAUGACGGUAGAGGGAGAGAUCGACGUGAUGAACGUGUGGUCUCGGAAAACAUGGAGAUGCGAGCGAUCUGCAUAGAAUUACUGGACGAGUUGUUAAAUGAUGUCUAUCUAACGAUCGACAAUCAGAAGAACCAACAGAGAGUUGAAGAAUGCGAAAAAAUGAAAGAACUUAUCGACACAACUGAGUCGAGAAUAAAGGAAAUCAAAGAUUCGAACGCCAACGCUCAGGAAUUGAAGAGUUUGCACUGCAGUCUACCCUUGGACAAGAUCGCGUUCGUGUUCCAAAAUUGUCAGACCAGCGAAUCGGUGAUCUCGCGAAUCUCUUCAGGAUCACCUUCAAAUCCCCCGUCGACACAAAAAUCAAAGUCUUCGUCCUGCACUUCUUCACCGGUUAGACUCCUCUGUCUCUACUGCGAUAGAAAGUUUUUGUCUAUAUCCUUGCGACAGCGACACACAGAAAGAGUGCACCAACUCGGUGGUAGAAGAUCGGAGAGAAACUCCCGGAAACCUUCUCAGAAUUGCCAGUAUUGUUCGGAGAAGUGCGCCGAUACUCUGGAGACGCUAUUCCAGCACAUGAUCAGCAACCAUGGAGAUAAGUAUCACGCGUGCGUUCAAUGUUUGACAAGGUAUCCUACUCGGGAAGCUCUGAUGGGGCACAUGAACGAGACUCAUGGCGGGAAUUCGGAAAGGACUACCGGUCAAGCUCAGCCGGAGAAAAGCUCGUCCUGCAAAGAAUUCUGCAACCGCGAGAUGGUGAAAGUGUUGUCAGUCAGAGAGAGAAGAUCCGAAGAAAAGGAAUUGGAAACAAGUCAAGGUGACAAUCGACAGUCAGACAGCACUCGGACAAAACUCAUCGCGACACGGGAUUCCAUCGAUAACCCAGCCAGUCCCGAGUUUGACAGUUCUUUUUACAGCAAUGUGAGCUGCAAUAUCCGCGAGAACUUGCUACACCAUUUGGACGGCAAGCUGCAGACGAUUGGCGGCGGCUCAUCAUUGUGCACACCGUCGAUUAUUGUCUCUGGCUCAACGACGACAUCGAUAGAAUCAAAAUCUCAGCAACAACCGCCGCAACAAUCAUAUUAUGAGCAUAGCGUCAAUCAGAUUCAAUUUCCCAUUGACAUUUCACUAACCGCGGCGACGCCGGUUUACAGCAAAGACUACUCGGCCGGCGAAGAAUACGAAAACUCGAGCGAAUAUGCGCGUAAGGCCGGUAAAACUAGUAGCGGCACGCGGCCGCGCCGAGUCUCCUUCGAGAAGUACAACUUUCCACGCAAGUACGAUGGCAGGGAACAGUGGACAUGCUCGAUCAAGGACCUGAGCAAGUUUGACAUCUCUACGCAGCUAUCACUUCGGAAGAAGCAACAGCUGAUUAAGGAACGCCUUACCAUCAGCAGGCUACAUCAAAUUCCGUUGUCCGGCGAGAUCACUGAAGUAUCUCUUCGCGAUCGAGAACAGGUUGAAUGUGUCGUCGAAACGGCAGCGAGUAGUCAAGAUAAUGUCGAUGGGGGUUGCAAUAUCAAGGCGGCUUCCGCAACUCUCGACGUCGUCCACUGCGAUCCUGACGAAUCGCCUCCAAACGAGAUCAAGAAGGAGACGACGACGGAAGAAUCUUCCGCGACUUCGACAUCGUGUUUAACAAAAUCGUUUACUACUACGGAAUUCACCAUUGAAUUUGCAGAUUUUAUGAGACUGAAGAGACGAGAACAAAGCGGUAAUGAAGCCGCCAAUAUCGAAAAAAUCAUCUACGCGGAGCUGAGUGGCGAAUGGUCGCGAACACGAAUCUAUAUAUGCGGAGCUUGUGGUUCCAGACACUGUCUCAUCUUUUACAAUAAUCAAAACAUCAGCUGGAGCAAUAGUAUCGGGACUAUUUUAUACAUGACGCUAAAGGAGAUGGAGGAUCACAAGGCUUCUACGCAUCCGCGCGUUUUGUGCUCGCACUUUGAGCUGACCGGCGAUCAGCGCGAGCAAUACAAGCAUUUGUAUUUACCGGGACAAAACGCACCCACCGACGAGGCACGUGAUGUUGUGCUCGUGGAAACGGUGUGCACCAAGUGCACCAAGAGCUGUCUGAACGUGGCCGAGCUGCAUCGUCAUAUGCUGGAAUGCGGUGGCGAUUACGCAUGGUUGCUCGGCCUCACUGGCAGCGGCAAGAGGAAGUGCAAGUGGCGACCGUUCGGCAGCCGCAGCCGUCGGCGACGUCAGCGCGGCAUGAAGAGAAACAUACAAAACUCGCAGACGCAGCCGCGGAUCAUCAACACGGAACGGCCCAAGGAGAAGCAGGCACCAGCCGGACCUAGAGUUCGACCGAGCGAUCGCGAGAGUAUUCAGAAAAUGCUAGCCAAUCUGCCGGCUAAGAGGGCCACGAGGAAAGUUUUGCAGGACAAUGCGAUGCGAUCGCAAAGCAAACUACGUAACGUGCAGACGAGAACGAGGCCACGCAUCGGCGACAAUUCGUCCGUGUCACGAAUCUCGCGCAACAAAGCUGCCCUGAGGAAUAAAUUGCUGAAGAACGCCAAAUCGAUCCAGCGCAAUCGCUGUCGAAGUGACAACAUAACCGCAGUGAUCGAAAGCGUCGUGAAGAAGUGUCACGAGACCGAGAACGGACCGGACGGUGACGGCAACAAGAAUGUCGAAAUCGAGGACGAGGGUAAGAAGGAUGCCAAAGAGAUCAACGAAGUCUUCUUAGCCAGUAAGGCUUCAGAUUCGGACGAUAAGAUUGUUCGUCCGAAAGUCGGACGACCUAAAAUUUUUGGCAAAAAGGGGAACAUGAAAACGAAAACGGACAAUUCUAUUAACAAGUUUCAAUUUCAAGGUAAAGCUAGCGAUAAAAUGGCGAAUUUAAAAGCAAAGGGCAAAUCCGUAAAAUUCAAGAGCACUGCUAUUUCAAAGAGCGAUGCAAAAGGCGAGGAAACGUCCUCUCCAAAGAAUAUACCAAAGAACUCGAGAACGACCGAUAAAGACGACUUCAAUUCCGACAGCAAAAGAAUAGCGACGGUUUCUGGAAUGAAGAGUAAGAGUAAAUCGACGCAAGGCACACUGAAGAGGAAACGUCCCGUGGAUCCGGUAGCAUCCUUGAACGCCUCUCUCAAAGCGAAGUUGCAGUUACGAACACAAGAUGGCAAGUUUGCUCGCAAUCCGAAUAAAGACUCAUCAGCGAAAUCGUCAGAAGUGAAAAUGGACAAUGGAAAACAUAAGGUUGCCAUUUCGGCCGAAAAUAAAUUGUUGAAGUCGAAAACGAUUCAAAAGUUGAAAAAAGCCGAAGUACAGCUGCCACGAAGAAUCACCCGAUUAUCGUCGGACAGCGACAAGAUGCCGACUUUAGAACCAGCAGUACAAAUACUGUCUUCUAACGAGGAAUAUGCCGAUAAAUCAACGAACGAUCUGCCUAUCUUGUCGCCAGUUACAUCAUCAGGAUCUCUUCAAGAUCAAAAGACACUUCGAACUUCCGCAAAAAACAUUUUAAAGGAGAAAGAGGGUAAUACCGAGACAAAUACUGAUCGCGAGGUUGCACCGGAAAAAAGCACGAAGGAACAGAAACCGACGCGGGGACGAAAGCCAAAACAGGAAUCGAAAGACAUGAUGAAACAGAAGGAGGUCGAGAUAGUUGGAGAAAAUGAGAUCUCUAAAAAUAGCUCGACGGUGUUAAAGGAGAGAAGAACGAAAAACAAAAAGAGUUUGCACAUCAAAAAUAUUAAUAACGGCGAAAAUAGCAAAGAAGAAACAUUAAAGAGUGAGAUAAUCGCUAAAAAGGAUUUAAAACCAAGGAAAGAAGAAACUACGAAAGAAACUCGAAGCAAUUCGAAAACCAUAAUAGAAAAAAAUUCUAUGAAACUGCCAGACAUCCCGUUUGAAGUAAAGAAACUCUUGGGUUCGGCUUCGAUAGUAAGCAAAGAAGACGUCUUGAAUACAUUAGAACUCGCGUCUAACGAUACUGGCUCGAAACGCAAUCUGAGACAAUCGACGCCAAGAUCGAAAAUGGUCCAACUGCUCCGAGAUCUUGAUGAUGAAUUCGACAGCUCAAAGGAAUCCAACAAGAAGGAGAAGAUAGACGCAAUUAGGAAAUCGUCCAGGAAAAACAUUGAGAAGAAGAGCGAUGACGUGGAAACGAUUAGCCUAGAGAAGGAGUCGGUUAACAACACGAUUACCAAAGACGCAACUAACAAUGUUGCGCAAAACGAAAGAAGUCAACAAAACAAAAAAGACAACCGAGCAAAUGCGAAGACGAAGGAAAUCGAUAGUACUGAUAUCGAGGAUAAGAUCGAUAGCAGACAGACAAGAAGAUCAUUGAUCGAUGCGAGGGGUGAGCCGUCUUUGGAAGCUGCGAACGGUAACUCUCAAAAGAGUAGCGGUUUGUUUGGGAAGCGCCGCAGUCGCAACAAAUCGGUUGAGGAGACUGAAGAGAUUAAUUCACGUGCGAUUCAAAAACAGAAUAACAGUGAAAAUGUCACGCCGAGCGAGAAGGAAGUCCAGAAGAAGGAGAAGUUCAAAGAGGCCAUCGAUAAGAACGAAACCGAAGGUGAUAGUAACAGCAAUUUUGAUGAUCGCGACUCGACGAUAGUGAAUCUCAGUCUGAGCCAUUUGCAAUCCGAAACGAGCAACUUAUCUGUUGAUAGCGGCAAGGAGAAUUCUUUGGAGACUUCCGUAAACAUUCACAAUAAAUUGAAGGUAACAAGGCCGAGAAAAACGUGGGGCGCACGUCGAGAGAGAUCAUCGAGGAAGAGAUCUUUGAACAACGUCAUCGGCAUUCUGACGGAAGGCAUAAACAUUCCCGUGGAACAGAGCGUGCAGGUAUUGACGAUUCAAACCAGUCUAGACAAUCCAGAUAGAGUGGCGCGUAACGGAAGCACGCAACAACCCGUUGACGGCGAGGGUAAUGUAAUCGUGGUGGACUCGGCGUUCAGCGAACUGUCAGUUCUUGCUAGGAGCGAGCAGGAAUCUGCGGGAAAUGAAGUUAUAGCAACGAAUGCAAACGACAAUCAUUGCGCGGAUGAUGAAAAGAACGCUCGUUCUUGUAUUGAUAAAGCACAGGAUGCAAAUACUUUUACGGAUCAGAUUGACGUGUCGUCGAAAGUCUCGACUGCCAAGAUGCAUUCACCAGCCAACGACAUCAUCCUCGAUCUGUCCAGGAGAAAACCCAAGGGUAAGGGUUCUUUCCUAGAGAAGAUUGUAUCGAAGAUAGCCAAGCAAAAGGAUGCUCUGUUAGAAGGUGAGGUAGGUUCCCUUCUGGACAACGCCGCUGACGAAUUGACCAGCAUCCUCGACGAAGUCGGGCCUGCUUUGGCCGAUAACGCAGAGAGUGCGAAUUUUGGCGAAGUAAGUUAUGCCUCAAAGGACGAGAACAAUGAAAGUAUAACGAAUACCGAUAAAACACCGAUAAAAACUAAUAAAAAACCACCAGUAAUUGCCACUCCUGAAAUCCAAUCGUUGGAAGACAAUAUAACUAAUAUCAAGAGUGCAGCUUCCGAACGUUCAAUGGAUUUAAUGGUUAUUCAAGAUAAUCUUGAAGAGAAUUUGGCAACGAAGAUUGAAAUGCAAAUUCAGAGCAAGAAUCAAACUAAGGUAAAUGGUGUUUUAGAUGUUGAAAUGAAAGACAACUAUGUCGUAGAUAGACAAGUGAGUGGUACAAUGCGUUCUGUUGAAGAAUCACAGGUUGAAUCUUGCGAGAAUAAAUCGGCAACGAACGAAGAAGCAAUUAUUCCAAUGGAGAUCCCAGAUGAGACUCCAUCAUCAUUGACAGAUACCUUAACAGAAAUUUCCAUUUCGUCAAUUACGGUACCAAAACUAGACGUAGAAAAAUUUGAAAUGAAGGAAAAAUCCAGGAGAAAAUCUAGCAAGAGAUCGCUGGAGGACGCAAACUGGCCGAAGAAAAGCAAAAGAAAGUCAUUAGAAGUCGUUGAAGAGCUUGCUGAAAAAAAUAUACAAAAAGAGCUCCGACUCGACGACGUUAUCGCGUCUAAUUCUAAACAAAAAGAGAUGUUCAACGUUGGACACGAGCUUAUCGAAAAAGAAGAUGAAAUCAUAGAAAUUUCGAAAAUAGAUGCUGAAGUCGAGAAGCUUCAAUGUAACGAAAGCAAAACUAUCGAAGAUUUGGAGCUAUCGAGUUUAGAAAAAAUUCUCGUGGAAGACAAUGAAUCAAAUUUGGAGAAAUUUGCCAAUCUUCCAGAAGCGGCUUAUGAAGAAGCGAAUGAGUUAACAGCGAGCCUUGAAGAAACCGUUCAUAAAAUAAUUUCCGAUGGAAAAGCUGUCGAAGCCAAUGCUCGAUCGAUAGAAUUGAUCGAGGAAAGCAUUGAAUCCUCUGUAUUAUCUUUGAAGAAGACUGUUAAAAGCGGGAAAAGUACGGAUAGAACUCAAAAGAAAAACCAAACCGAUGAUGCAAGCGAAUCUUCAUAUCGACGUUCGUCGAAAAGGAAAUCACAAUCUCUUUCAGAUGUUCUUCAAACUUCCGUGAAGCCUAUUAAUGAGGAAAAAAAGCUGUUAACUUUAUCACCCCAAAAAGAUUCUGAAACAUCAAAGAAACAUGCUACGAAUAAAAAAUCACUAGCAGAUGAACAUUUGGAUCUAUCAAAAGACGAAUCUGUCAAAGUUGCUUCGAAAUUUAAUGAGGAACUUAAUGUCACAGAUUCUAACGAGCAUUUGUCUGCCAACUUGGAACAUUUCAAGGUACCGGAAGUAAAGGAUCUGUUGCAGAGCGUGAAGAAACGGGGGUCAAAAAAGAAGUUGUUGUCCGAGGAUGAUCGCUGCAAUAGCGAAAGUGUUUCCGAAGAGUCUCGUAUAAACAAAGAACUUGCAGAAGUUAGUGAGAUAUCUAACUUGAUCGAGAAAGUCAAAGAGCAAGUAGAAUGUAAGAAACAUAUUGUGCGAAAACAAUCAAGCACAAAGAAACUCGAAAGAUCAAGUUCUUCAGGUUCGAUUGGGUUCAUUCCAUCUCUAAUCAAGACAAGAUCCAUGUUCAAAAAAAGAAUACAGCUAUCGAGUGAGGAUCUUGCCGUUUCCAGCAUUCGCAGUCAAGACGCUGAGAGCACGGAUGACCUAUCCGAGAGUUCGUGCGCCAGCGAGUCCAGCUAUUUCAGGAAGAAGCGAUUCGCUAAGAGGAAGAGGAAGGAAGAAAAUAUUGCUGACAGUAACGAACGAGAAGGUUCAAUAAUUCUAAAGAGCGAUAAAGAAAAUUCGAAGAAAAAAACGCAAAAUGCUAAAUCAUUGCUCGAUGAGCACCUUGAUCUUUCUGAUAUGGACGAUAUCGAUAUUCCAAUGGAUAUCCAAGCUUCGUUGGAGAACACAAAAGCUUUGGAAAACAUCGAACGAGAGUUUGAACUCGCUGAGAAAUCUUUAGUUUUACAAAAUGAGAAUGCAGAUGAUAAACCAAUGGCAGAUGAAUCAACAAAUAAAAAUGCCACAGCAGAGCAAUCAGUAUCGAAUAACUAUGAUUCUCCGGAUGAUCCGAUCACCCCGAAGAAACGCGCGGCCGGUAACUUUGUUGUAGUGCAUACAAAAACCGGCGAAAUUCUAAUAGUGGAAAAGAGGAAAAAGCUAACAAAGGAGGCAGCUAGAUUUUUUUGCGAUGUGUGUGCCACUAGUUUUACUCGCAAGAGCUCCCUGAAGAAGCACACGUUGUCGCAAUCCCAUUUGUCGCAGAUAGCGAAAUCUACCAGGGAUAAAAUUGAAUCUGUUAAUAACGCCACGUCUGAAAAUACUGAAGAAAUCGACGAGAAAGGGAGAAGUAAUCAAGUAAGUGAUCAAAAUACGAAGAGUGUUUUAGACGAUGCUCAAUCUCAUGAAGUUACUCAGAAGUCCGUAGAAUUGAACGAGAGUUAUGCUCCUUACGGAGCUAGCACGGAAUCUCUGGUGGAUCUAGGUGGAGUAACGAGGCAAGAAACGCUGGAAGACAAAUUGCUAGACGAGGAAAUCUGCAAAAUCACCGAAAACAUGAGCCACGACGAAUAUGUUCUCACGGAUCAACUAACGCCGGAGGAACCAGUGUCAUCGUCUACUCCUAUGAAACAAAUUCAGAAAAAGAAAGAGGAAUCAGGGCAAGGCAGGAAUGGCGAUAAGAAGCGCAAUAAAUCAAAGAAGAGGAAUCUAGCGGAAGAACAUUUGAUCUUGGAUUCUCCCGAGUUGGAAGGAUCAAAAGUUGAUUUGAACGAGCCUCUGAAUCCGGUUAAUGAAUGGAGCUCUUCUUCACCACCAUCUUGCGAGCAUAGUUCGACAAAAGAAAUAAUACAAACAGUAAAAAAAGCCAAUGACAUAUCUGAAGAAAUUCAACGUGCGGAUUCAGCCAAAACGCAGAAUCAGAUAGAGUCGAUUGUUAAACAUUUAAAUAACAAAAUAGAUUGUUCAAAAUUAUCAUCAUUUGACACUGAUAUAAAAUGUGAACAGCAUAUGGAAUCCACAAGAACUACGAGGAGCAGCACGAUGAGGAAAUUCUGCAAGAUAGAUAAUGAUAGAAAGGAAGAGACUCAAACUUCAACUGAAAUUAGUCGUUUUAAUUCAAGACCGAGAAGAUGUAAAAACAUUCAGAAUUACAAUGAAAUAGCUAACAUGGAAGUUAUUGAUGUUAUGUGGACUUUUAUGGGAGCUUCUAUGAAAAUUAACAACGACGAGAUAGAAAAUAGUUGCGAUUCGCAAAAGAGACAGAACGAAACAGAAGAAGAAAUGAUUAAAGCGUUACAGGAAAUGGCAUAUGAUGAUACUAUGGCGUAUACGGAAGUCGCAAAAUCAAAGCUAGACUCGUCUAACGAUAUUAAAAAGAAAAAACGUGGCAGACCGAGACUCAAGGAUCGUAUUUCGAAUUCGAUUAUUACCUCAGUUCACGCGGAAUUUGAAGUUAAUGAAAAUGAUAUUGUCGCUACGAGUAGUUUCGAAGAAUCAAAAACCGAGGAUCAAAAAUUAGUUUCUCAUACUAAAGAGCGUCUUGACGAGGUCAGCAAGACGCCAUAUAUUGAUGUAAAUAUUCAACCUUCUAAACGAAGUAGAGGCAGACCUAGAAAAAAUCCUGUACAAAUCGCAAACAAUUUUGUAAUACAAACAGACGAUUCUAAUGUCUCCGAAUCGAUGAAAUCAAAAUGCAACGAAGUAACAGAAAAAACAGAACAGAUUGAAUCCGAAAUGUUGGUCAUCGAAAAAGCUGCUUCGAUCACUUUAGUAGAUUCUUUGACAUCGAACGUUGAAUCUUUGCCUGCUGUUGAAAGUCACAAUCAGGAAUCGAAUUUAUCAGAAACAAAAAGAGAUGAAUUAAAGGUUGAAGAAAACGAGAUUCAAUUGACCAAGAUGAAUACUUCUGAAAAUCAAUCGGUGCAAAAAGUAGAAUCUACGGACAUCAAGAUAGCUGAUACCAUGCCUGCAAAGAAUUGCGACAUGCUUACUUUCAACGUUCCAUCAGAAAAGAAUAAAGCCGUCGAUACAUCGAUGCCGUCGGAGAUGAACGUACGUGCUGACGAUGCAAAACAUCAGUCAGAGAAUAAAUCUGAUUAUAAUAAUACAAGCGCAAAUAUUUUAAUUAACUCAACAGUCGAAUCUUUAGAUGAAUUUUCUUCGGAAAUUAUUGAAAAAGUAUCAACUACAAUUGAUGAUUUGAAAUCGAUCGAGUCCAUUAAAGCAAUUGAACUUGAUGAGAGUUUUGAGAUUCAGAAGCUACCGAAUAUUUCAGAAGAGAAAAGAACGUCAGGAGAGGAACUUCCAGAGGUGGAAAUAUUCCAUGAAGAAACGAAGCUUAUAUCGGAAUCAGGAGACAGCGAGGACGAAAUCACUGACGAUAAAUCUCUUCCCAUCACAAAUCUUCGCGAGUUGCUAGUUCAGAAAACGAUAGACGAUUUAGAGAAUGAUAGCAUCUACGAUAAAAAAACAACUCGAUUGGAAUCGUCUAACAAAAGAUUAUCUGGAAGUUUCCAGUCAGCCGGCAAAGAGCGAGAAACUGGUCGUAGAAAAUCAAAAGCCUCUCGAGAUAGAAGGAAAAAGGUGGUCAAGAUCGCUGAAUUAUCGAGCGACAGCGAGAAUGAAGUUGAUAGAAUCGAAUCUGCUUCUUCGAGUAAAAGCAAGAUCGUGAAGAGCGUGUUUGGCAGAGUAUUCGGCGGCGAGAAAGCGGAUAAGGUGAAGGAGGUACUGAAUGACUGGGUAUCGCGGUCGGAAGACGACUCGGACAUAUCCAGAAGCGCUUCCGAAGCGAAAUCCUGUUUACGCGGACUGACCAAGAUCUCCGAAAACGGAUACAAGAAGGAUAAAAAACGCCAUUCAGGAAUUCUUACGGGCUCCGACACGAAGAAAGAUGCCGAGCUAUCUCCCAGAAAAAAUGGAAACGACAAAGGCAAUAGUAUCGAAGUUCACGGAAAAUUAAAGAACCGAAAAAAACGAGAAAAGGAUUUUAAUUUGAUGCCCGAGGAUCGUAUCGAAUCGUUGUCACCUGUUAACCCAGCCAAAAGGAGACAUCGAGAGAGCAAGAUCAGAGCGGAUGAGAGAAUACUCAGAACCUUUGAUGACGAGUCGCUAAUUCUUUCGGAAGGUGAUGAAAAUGUGAACGAGGUUAAAGAAACAAGCAAUCAGUUUGACGAUGAUUAUUUGAGCAACAAAAAUGACGAAUCGGGAAGAUAUUACGAGGAAGAAGAGCGAACGAAAGAUAGGAAUUCGAUUUCUGCGGACUGGGAAAAUCUUCGAGUCGGCCAUGAUGCCUAUGCAAAAUCGAAAAAUAGUUCCAGUUAUCGUAAAAAGCAGGAUACUAACGCAAGGGACGAGCGUUCUUCUUCGCCUUCGCAGUUCAAUAUGUUCAAAUGUAGACGGAGGCAGAGUAAGACUAAGGCCGGCGAGAGGAUCUGGAAAACCCUUGACAACGAGACUUCAACGUGCUUUUCUGACGAUCAGGACCUUAAAGAGACGCAUAAAAAUUUUAAAGAGCGAGAAAGUGGAUUUCAUGAAUCUAGAGAUGCAGAUUGUUCGAAAAAUUCAAAGAGUGUCGAACAUAAUGAUGACACUUGGAAAAAUACCAGUUUAAUAAAUCAAUCGCAGGUCGAAGCACAAAAUGCACGCGGAAGAUCAAGAAAGGACUCGAAUAAUCGUAAGAAACAGAAUUUCAAUAUAAUCCGAAUAGACAAGACGAAAACGGAUAAUAUUAUUUCAAAAAAUUCCGAUAAUGAUUCAUUGAUUGCUUUAAGAAAUCAAAAAACGAAAGACGAAACGCAAAACGAUCAAGCGAUUCGAUCUACAAAUGAAUCGAGGAACCGUUCGAAAAAUCUGACUGUCAAAGAUAAUACUUAUGAAUCUUUUGCAGAUAUGAAUCAUCAUCCAGCGAAUUCCAGAAAGAGCAAAAAAGAAACCGCCAGUGAAGACUGGAAAUGUUCAAUGAAAAGUUUGGAAUUUGAUAAGGAAGAUCUCGCGAAGGAUAAUCAGCUGAUGGAGAAGGAGAUUAGAGAGAAGCAUGAGGUAUCCACGAUGUUGUCGCGUAGCUGCAACAAUUUGACGGGACCAACUAUGAAAGAUCAAUUCGUCAAUCUCGACGGAAAUUCUCAGAUGAUUCGGGAAUCUGAUAAUGACGAAGAGAAAGAGCAGGAAGAUGACGACGACGAUGAUGACAAUGAUCUCGGACGUCGAAGAAUGUCACCGUUUUACGCUUGCGAGACUCCCGACAGCUCGAUGGAGAAUAGCUCUAACAACGAGGAGGAUGAGGAGGAAGAUGGCGAAGGGAACGAAGAAGAAAGGAUGACGCACGAAGAUACUUCCAGAAAGACGAAUCCCAGCGAGUUUUCCGGGGAAAAAAUUGUCAUCAGGUCGCCGUCAUCGGGUCACAGAUCGGACGUGGUGACGAUCGCGCCGACGGACGCAAUCGAGGAUAACGCUUUGGAUGUGCCAAGAGAAAUUGAGUCGACGACGGAGCCGCGGCAAGGCAAAAUUCUAAACUUCGACGAAGAGCUUUUCGUAGAGUGUUGCUCGAGAUUGAAGGCCACCAGCGAGAAUGAAUUGAGAGGCGCGAAGAAGAUCAAGCUGGAUCACACGGAAUCUUAUCACAGGCGAGACGAUCAGCCGCAAGGAUUUAGGGUCAACAGAGACCGAUGGAAGGACGUGGAGAGUCAAAACAGCCUUGGCAGUCUUCUGGAAUCGGUGAAUCAAUUGCUUGGCGAGGAGAUGUGCAACAGCCACGACAAAAGUUAUCGAACGCGCGGCAGCGAGCAAUCGAGCAGAUCCGCCAGUCCGGAUACAUCGCGAGUCGACAAUCUCGGCUACGAGGACAGUCUGGACGUAGCCUUUGAACAUAAUAACAAGCUUCGAGACAAGAUUCAGCAGCGUAUGAGAGAGAGCGAGAAUCUGAUUGCCAGCACAUUCGGUCAGAAGACCAACGAUAAUGAUCAUUCUGGCGACGACAAGCGAGACAGUGUUACCUCAUAUUCUUCGAGUAUGCACGAGCACGAACAACAAUCUACCUCAAUCGCGUCGAAUAGAGAGCGAAUACCAUCGCCGGGACACAAGAACAAGAUGAAUUCGACUCUAGGUGGUCUGCUAGACAAGGCAUUGUCCAAUUUAUUGCACAACAACGGCAAACAUGACCAUAACGGAUCCGCUCCAAUGAAGCUGUUGGCGGAACUGGCCUGUGCACGAGCUCCUACCUCUACGUUACCGGAAGAUACCACGAACAACGGCAAGAAUCAUCAAUCGGUGAAGAUGGUCGCCGUGGCGGUGGCGGCGGCAGCUGCAGCGACAGCGACCAAAGAUACCUCGGAUUUAUCGAAGAAGCCGACGAAAGGGUCGGCAGUAACGUCGAAAACAUCUCUAACAAAGAAAACAAGAAACCCUAUCAAAGAGCUAUUUGAACGCAAAAAGGAAAUAAACGACAGAAAAGAACGCUCAAAGGCUACGCUGAUGGAGUUAAACGUGCAGAAACCACGCAAACCGAAGAGGGGUAAGAAGCAGCAGCAAGAGUUUCCACUGAUUCGUAGAAACGAGCUAUAUGGUGGUUUGAUGGAGAAGAAGAAGCGUCGCGAAUCCGAUCGGAAAGGGGAAUCGGAAAGAAUAAAGGAUGUGUACGAAUUUGACGAGGAGGAGAGCCAAACAGCGCCCACUUUGGGUAGCGUGAUGUCUUACAGGAGCCAAGUCGAUAAGAGUUACGAGACCAAUUGGAAGAAGGAUAUCGACGGAGAUCUUGGCACUUUGGAGAACGGCAAGACUAAUUAUAUUGCGGACACAAAAUUAGGCGUUAUAAUUGACCGUAAGUUUCAAGAACUGGAGAAGUUUGCGCCCAAGACGAAAGGCGCUUUGAAGUCGUUCCAGAGUGAAGAACAGCAGCAGCAGCAGCGGGUUGCCGAUCAAAUCACCGGACCGAUGGACGACUUUGUGGAAAGAAAGCAGCAACGCUUGAAACGUUUUGAGCAGAGCAUCAAGCAGUCCAGCAAAUUCAAGAAACGAGGUAAAAGUUCAAAAAAACGGGCGAGAAACGCGUGGUAUGAGAAUGAUAGCUCGGACGAGUUUAGGACAGCUGCGAAAGCGGAAGAUGUUGGCGUCGGCAUUUCGAAGAGUCAACGCGCAUGCUCGAAGGGCAAGCAGAAUCUCUUUGCGGAAUUGUCAACGUCGUCCGAGAGCGAAUACGAACGGAAGGACGAUGUUGAAUAUGUAAUUGGGAAUGAACAACAAUCUCUGUCGAGAUCGAGAAAGAGCCUAAAGAAACAGCUCGACAUCGACAUCGAGGAGAUGAAUUGUGAUGAACACAUAAUCAACGAAUCCAAAUUCGAUAACGAGAAUCAAAUUGCGAAUUGCGAUUGGCAGAAUCAAAUAGCGCAGAACAAUGCUAUAAAGAAGGAUUACGACGCCGCGAAAUCAGAAUCGGAAAUGUCGGAUCGUUCGUUAGUGAUAGAUGAGAGAAAAACGACUGAUGAAGCGAGGAACAGUGAUGACGAUGCGGACAAUCAAUAUGAAAGGACGUUUGAGCUGGAAGAUCUGUACAGAGAAGAUAGUUCGGAGACGGAGACGGAGGAGGUCGAGGGCAAUGAAGAACUGGCACCGACGGCCGAGGCAGCAAAGGACGACAGAGUUGGAAUGCAAGCAUCGGAUGAAGAAAAUGCAAUUUCGCAAACGAAAGUUAUUUCUAUGAAUGUGAAAGACGACUAUGCACCGGAGAACGAAUUGAUUCCUUUGGAAGAAGCUUUAGAUUUCUUGGAUCGGCACGAGGAUCUGGAGUCGAAAUCUGAAAAUGUACGCUCGAAAGUUCAAACUGAAAAUGAUAGUGUCAAUGGCACUUUACAUACAGUGAAUGAAAUUUCUAAUGAUGGAUUCAUUAACAUGGAGAAGGAAAAUAAACAUCUGGAUCAUACAGAGGCACAAGAUGAAAAGGAAGAACCGGAUGAUGAUGUUCCAGCUUUGCCCGAGAAAUUAUCCAGUAAUGAGAAACCGCAGAAAGAAUCCGAUAACAAUCUUCCUCUUCACGUGUUCCUUAGCAGAAAGGUGCAAGAAUCGAAGAAGAGAAAGCAACAGCAGUUAGACAAAUUACGAGAAGAGCAGGAGAGGAUACUCAUGGACUUUCAGCCGACUAGAAGACAAAGAAAGUGCGCGAUAGGCAAGCAAGGAUUGCUAGCGGAAAUUAGCAGUUCAGACGAGGAAUCAUAUACUAGAGAUAAUAGCAAGAGAGGAAACGAUCACGACAAAUCGCGUAAGAAGCGGGAAUCGAAAGAGAAAAAAAAGGAGAGGUAUCUCGAGAAAAAGCACGAGCAAAUAAUUGCUAAAGAGCAGAAAGCGAUCGAAGAAGAGAUUUUGCGAGAAGUCGGCAAGAGAAAAGAGAUUCUUGCACAAAGCAUAGACGUAGAUACCGCGUUGAAUAUCGACGUAAUGGAAACAAAUAUUGUUUUCGGGCAGGCCCAUAAAAAGAAACACCAACCGAAGGAGAAGCAAAAGAAAAGCGGUGACGAGAAUACUGUGCAACACACCACUAAUCAGUCUUCUUUUGGCAGUUCAGAAGACAUUCAUAACAAUUUAGAACACGUUUUUUCUUCUACAGAAAGUAUCACCGGAGAGAACAACGACCACUUAUCAAUUUCACCUAAACGAAAAAAACUCUCGAAAUCACCGACGAGACUGAAAAAAAUUCCCAAACCGGGCGAGAACGGAAAGAUCUCGGCGAACAAGAAAAGUAAAGAAUCAAUUGUGGAGAAAUCCAAGAAGACAUGCGUGAGCAAUAAUAAGGAGUUGAAGGAGCGCAGAUCAUCUAGCGGGAAACACGACUCUGAUGACGAAGAGCUAAAAACCACCAAAUCGUGGAACAAAGUCGAGGAGGGCGUCGGGGUGGCGAUCGGCAGGCGAAAACGCACUGCCGCUCUUCAGCUAUACUAUUGGUCCAGCUCGAGUGACGAAGAAGAGGCGCCGGAGCCGGUUUUGGUGCCUGAAGAGGAAGAGGACGAUCGACAGGAGCAGCAUGGAUGGAUAGUGGGCGAUUCCCAUAAGCGAAUGAUAACGAUGUUGGCGAUGGAGAAGCAGCAAAAAGAAAAGCGACGCAGAAGCGAAGAUGAAUUCGAAUCCGGCAAAUCAAAGAGCAAAAAACAUCGGAACAGUACUUCUUGAUACGUGUUUCACGAUUAAAUCUAUACCGCGUGAUGGACGCGAUAUUGACGAUUACGUCAUCGCGAUUUUUUUCUAGAAAUUAUGGAGGCAAAAGUGCAAGAAGAAUUUGUCUCUUCAAUUAAAAUUACGUUUUAUUUCAGAGCGGUUAUCCGCAGGCAAUUCUAUUUAGGUAGACAAUUGUGUAUAAGUGAAUGGUGCGAAGUUAUUUGUUGUGUUCGACCUUAUUCUUCUUUUGUUGCAUAUUAAAUGAUGAAAAUCGAAUGUAUGAAAGUGAUUUGGCGAAUAGAAGAAGCGUAUCAUGGACAUAUAAAGAAUUUGUAUGUCUAUAUGUAUCUUAUAUGUCUAUGAAGCGUAUAAGGAAGUGAAGAAAGAGAUAUAAAAUGUACAUAGAGCUGCUUGAUAUUAGAGUAAAAGAUUAGAGAUUAGAAAAGUAUCCUUCCGUUGCACUAAAAGUGUGUGUAUGUGUGUGUGCGAAACAUACAUACACACAACUUGAGAUCUUAUAUAAAUAAUGCAAGUUCGCAACAUUAUAUAGACUGAACAUGAGAAGUAGUAGAAAGUGAAGAGGGCACCCUUAGACAAUACUAGGACAUUUGUAACAUUUAGUUACGUAGGGGAGUUUCCUACACACAAUACGAGAAGAUAAAGAAGAAAGAGAGAAGAAGAAGGAAAUCAGUCACAGCCGCUUAUUUAGAAAAGGACGACGUAUAAAUCCGGGUCCAAUCAAGUUUAGUGCUUCUACACAGCUUUUUGUGAUUCGUAAAAUGUAUUUCUCCGUGUAUACUUGCAUAUUCUUAUAUAUUCGUACGUAUUCUUACAUAUCGCAGAAUGAAGUAAAAAAAAAAUAUGAAAAGUUUGAGGACGAUUUUGAAAAUACCACGUUUGAGGAGCUAAAUGCUUAUGAACGCGAAAGAACGCAAGAGGUGAAAUUGUUUUGAUUUUUAUUUUUACGAAUUUUUGUAGAUCUCAAGCUUGCACGACAUAAAAUGAAGUUACGCGUAUAUUCAAAGAAAAACAAAUGCUUGUUUACACGUGAAACGCGGACAUUAUUUUUUUUCUUUCAUACUCGCAUCUCGUGCACAUAAGACAUAAGUAUAUAGAUUUUCAUAUAUUACGAAAAAAUGUUAUAUAUGUUAUACGCAAAUGACAGAAAAAAAGUAAAAAACGAUUAUAGACUUUAAUGUAAAUGUACUGCCAUAAUCAUAUAUAUUAUACGAAAAAGAAGCCUAUGCGAGAGAAAAAUAUAGUAAUUAAUAUUAUUCCUCUGUAAAGAUUAAAAAAAAAAAAAAUCUCUAGCACAAAACUAUAGGCGAUGAUCUAAUGUAAAUAGAGCAUAUUUUCAAUGUGUCUGGAAAAAGUAUGUUUUGUAAUAUAAGGAUUACAAAGAAAAAAAAUAAAAUUAUUCAACAAUAUA